CUAGUUUGUCUUUAUCAUUGUUGACCAGCCUGAACAACCCAACCUUAAUUGCUUUUGCAAUUACAUAUUUUUCCUUUUACCUCUCUAAUGGCACUGGCCAAAGACCAAAGAAUUCCACGUGAUUCAAGCAUGAGCAGCAAGGUUCAAAACUGUGUUUUCAGUGAGACUAGCGUGGAGGUUACCUCCAUGACUGUUCAUAGGGUCAAUGAGUACCACAAAUCUGUGUUAGAAGAUCAGGAAGAUGGCUCACCAACUACUAAUGGUCUCAGCAAUGAUUCAGCUAUAACGCAUUCUCCUCCUCUAUGUGGCAGUGUCAAAGGGUAUGCUUAUAAGGGCACAAACUAUCAGCUUGAAGAAGCAGAACCUCUGAUUAAUUUCAAAGGGUAUAGCAAUCUCAUGCAAGGUGGUGGAUCUUUGCUUAGCUUUCAGCAGAACAAGAUGGUCCCUAACAACUGUUACAUGAAAGAAAAUGGUCAGAAAGAGGUUUGUGUUUGGGAGAAUAAUUUGCAUCAAGGCCGUGACCAUUGGAAUCAAACUAGUCCAAGAAACACUAGAGACAUGCGCCUGGUAGAGAAUGUCAAUUGCUUUCAAACUUCUAGUGGCUUUAUCUCCAUAGUUAAUAAUGCCAAAGAGAAACAACAUGGCCAAAGUUCAUCAGGGUUGCUCUACCCAGCACCAACUAUUCCUAAUGCUAGUAGCCUCCACAAGUUAGGAGCACAAGAAUCAGUUUUGCAAAAGCGCCCUUUUAUGGGGGAGAGCAUGAAAGCUGCCAAGAAGCAAUGCUCAAUUGAGAGCAAAACGACCAAACAUAAUUCAAGCCCAUCCAAGGAUCCUCAAAGUGUGGCUGCCAAGAAUCGAAGAGAGAGGAUAAGUGAGCGGUUGAAGAUACUACAAGAACUGGUGCCUAAUGGCUCCAAGGUUGAUUUGGUUACUAUGCUGGAGAAAGCAAUUAGUUAUGUGAAGUUUCUUCAACUGCAAGUGAAGGUUUUGGCAACCGAUGAAUUUUGGCCUGUCCAAGGUGGAAAACCUCCUGAUAUUUCUCAAGUAAAAGAAGUCAUCGAUACCAUUCUUUCAUCACAAAAAGAGAGAAGUUCAAGCUCAAAGUAGACGACUAGAAGAUCAUGUGUCCAAGGAAAUAAUGUCAGAAUAAUUCAAGUACAAAUUAAAGUUUCAGACCAAGAAAAGCCUUGCUCUGAUAGUUGUUAGUUCUGAAGGGCAUUUUAGAAAUUCAGAAUGCACGACCUAUAUGUAACUUAUAAAGUAAUAUCUAGAAGCGUAUGCUGGGGCCUCUACCUUUUCCUAGAAUUUUAUUAACAAAAUAUCUCUAUAUCUCUACAUUGUGAUUUUCUCUGUAUUAGAUAUUAUAAUGAAGGGUUCUAUAACUAGAUCUAAAGUAUUUUCCUUC